AAGUCGGACAGAUUUAUCGACGCACCACCAAUGUCAAACACAGCACUCUCCACAUUGACAUAACUGACCUGAGCCCUUGAUCUUGUUUUGAGGUAACUGCCUAAUUACCUACACAGAGGUUAGUUUGAGGAGUUUAUACGCUGUUUACUCACCCGCUGUUGUAGUUUGGUUUCCGUUUCUUUGUCGCGGACUCUCGCCGAGGAAUCUGACCGGACAAGAUGCGCCUCACGCUGCAAAUGUUGAUCUCUCACGGCCGGGUGGCCCGGAAGAUGGGUAUGGGUCCACAGUCCCGGAUCAACAUGCUGCGGAACAUUUUGACAGGACUGGUCCGACAUGAGAGGAUAGAGACCACGCUGGCCAGAGCAGAUGAAGUUCGCUUCUAUGCCGAAAAGUUGAUCGACUACGCCAAAAAGGGAGACACAGAUGAGAAGGCGAUGAAAAUGGCCAGUUUUUGGCUGACGGAAAAGGAUCUGGUCCCAAAGCUCUUCAAGGUCCUUGCUCCGCGGUUUGAGACUCAGUCGAGUAGUUACACACGGAUGGCACGCAUUCCCAACAGAGCAAACCUGGACAGAGCCAAGAUGGCCGUCCUGGAGUACAAAGGCAACCCCUUCCCACCUCUCUAUCCUGUGAAAAAGGAGAAUGAACUGACUCUCAUCAACCAGCUGCUCAAAGGCUACAGAGAGGACAGGGCACAACAGCUUACUUCAAAAUCAUAAUUCAUACCAUUGGUGUUGGAUGAAUGGUCACUGAAGUUUGAUGGUUGGCUGUACUACAGAGUCACUUGCAGAUUGUGCCCUAUAGAGACUGAUGUGUUUCUUCACCAGAAGAACAUUUCAAAAAUUACAGAAGUCAAGUACAGUUCUGUGUGAGAACAUUUGUGUUUAAUUAUGUGUUAAUAAAUGUGAUUUCGUAACAGAAAUAAACAGAUUUUCACUUUA